GUCAGACCAUUUCUACCAGUCAGCAAAUCUCCUGGAUGAUCAGAAUAUGUGCAGUAAACCUGCAACACAAAAGGAGCGGAGAACCGGCUGGAGGCACGAGUCAGGAAGAGAAAGGAGAAGAAAUAUGGAUAAAGAGACACAAACAACCACAACAGACACUAAAGAAGAAGAAGUAAACAACAACAACAACAACAACUACAGCGAGAUGGAUGGAAGCGGCUCGGCAGGAAAUCCCAGCGCUGCCUCGUCUCACUCACUUCCUGCCCACGCGGAGGAGGAGACGCUUCAAAGAGCUGAUUGGAUCUCAGCUUCUGAGGACGCCGACCAGCAGAGCAGAGAGUCCGUCAGUCAGUCCGGGUCCCACAAACACCAGAGUCCAGCAGAGACACACCAGGGUCCAGCAGAGGAACACCAGAGUCCAGCAGAGGAACACCAGGGUCCAACAGAGGAACACCAGGGUCCAGCAGAGGAACACCAGAGUCCAGCAGAGGAACACCAGGGUCCAGCAGAGACACACCAGAGUCCAGCAGAGGAACACCAGGGUCCAACAGAGGAACACCAGGGUCCAGCAGAGACACACCAGAGUCCAGCAGAGGAACACCAGGGUCCAGCAGAGGAACACCAGGGUCCAGCAGAGGAACACCAGAGUCCAGCAGAGGAACCAGACCAGCUGGAUCCUUCAACAAAAAAACAGAAAACAAAAGAUUCAGCUUCUUCAGACAAUCAACCAGAACCAGAAGGUUCUCAGGAGCACCAGAAAACUGUUGAAGUUUGUCCCCCUCCUCACCUGGACACCCAGCAGGCUCCGCCCCCUGCUGACCAGCAGAACCACCUGUGUUCUCCUCAGGUUCCCCCUUCAUUGGUCCAUCUGACUGACACGUUGAGCGUGGCUCCGCCCCUCACCAUGGAGGCGUUGUGUGACCAGGUGAGGCCCAGCCCUCCGGUUUCUUCUUCAGGUGAGCCCAAACUGUGCGGCUUCCUGCAGAAGCAGGGCGGGCCUCUGCGGGCCUGGAAGCAGCGCUGGUUCACCUAUGAGGAGAAGAAGAACCAGCUGUUCUACUACCGCACGCCGCAAGAUGUGGCGCCGCUCGGCCGGGUGGAGCUCAGCGGCGCCACCUUCACCUACCCGCUGAAGGCCGAGAGGGGCACCUUCCACAUCAAGACGCCUGAACGCACCUUCAUACUAAAGGCUGUAACUCAGGAGCUGAUGCUCUACUGGCUGCAGCAGCUGCAGGUGAAACGCUGGCAGCACAGACAGACCAACACCUGCCCAGACCCCACAAACAACAACAACAACAACCCUACAGACGACUUCCUGCCGGUGUUGAAGAGCCCGCUGGGCCUGGUGGGGGAGGAGGCGGCCAACGUCCCGUCACAACGAACGCCGCUCGCCAACAUGUCAAUCAAACAUCCGCUCAUCCAGAUCCAGAACUCGGUCCACAGUCUCCGUAAGAGAUCGUCUCAGGAGUGCAGUCAGAGUGUGUUUCAUGUGGAGGCUCCACCGUGGACCCCCCCGAACCCUGCAGACCCCCCCAACACUACCAUCCCUCCAGCCCCCAGGACUCCCGUCCCCCCUCUGACUCCGCCCCCUCCCCUCCCAUCGGCUGAUCCGGCAGACGGGACGUCCCCGGCGGAGGGCGGGGAGUCGCCGUCGCUGCCCGACGGCCAGCGGAGCAGGAAGAUGAAGAGCCGCAGCUCGUCCACCAUGCCGGUCCUCCGCAGAGACGCCGUGACGUCAGAGCGGACGUCCCGCCUCCAGCAGGAGAAACAGAUGCUGAUGGAGGAGGUCAAAUCUCAGAAGGAGCUGGUGUGGCUCCUCCAUAAAGCCUUGGAGGCGGCUCAGCUGGAGAAGCGAACCUGCGCCGAGUUCCUGGCGGUGGAGGGCGAGCAGGAGCGCCUGGAGCUGCUGCGGCACCGCGAGCGGCAGGCGGCUGACCUGCGCGGCCGACUGGAGGACGCCAAGAUGGAGGCGGAGAGGACGAGCAGGAGCCUGACGCAGAGAGACGCACAGCUGGAGGAACUGCAGCAGAACAUCAGGAUGCUGAUGGAGAAGAACAACGCCAAGCAGGAGGUGAUCAUUAAGCUGUGUGAUCAGGUGACCUCCUGCAUGUCCGACCCGCGGCUCUCCGCCUCGUCCUGCGGCGGCGCUUCGGACUCUCAGACCUUCAAACGGCUUCAGCAGCAGAUCGAGAACCUCAAGGACGACAUCGAGGCUUAUAAGACCCAGAACAAGUUUCUGAACUCUGAGAUCUACCAGCUGACCAGACUGUGGAGGAGCAGCUCCGAGCAGGAGAAGAGUCUACUGGUGAAGUGCGCCUACCUGGAGGCCAGUAACUGUCAGGUGGAGAGCCGUUACCUGGGCGUCCUGAGGAAGCUGCAGGAGAACAAAUCUCUGGAUCCGGUCCAGCAGGAGGCCGUCCAGAAGAUGAUCGAAGACGCUCUGAAAGGAGAGCUGAAGAGCGUCAUCAAGCUCAACACAAACAGAGACCACGACGAGUACGGAUUCAAAAUCAUCCCAGACUACGAGGUGGAGGACAUGAAGCUGCUCGCAAAGAUCCAGGCGCUGGAGAUCCGCUCACACAACCUGCUGCACCAGGAGGGGGGAGAGCGCCCCCUGUUGAGUCGCUGGGCUCAGUACCUCGCCGGCAGGUCGGACGAUGACCUUUGCCCUUCCCCGGAGCUCAAAGCUCUGCUGCGUGGCGGCGUUCCUCGGGAGUACCGGCAGCGGGUGUGGCGCUGGGUGGUCCGAGCCAGAACCAGGACGACGAGAGAACGCCAUCCGCAGCGCUACCAACAGCUGUGUGAGAAGAGUCGGACGUCUCCUCAUCCGGCCUCCAGACAGAUCCAGCUGGACCUUCACCGCACCCUGACGACCAAUCAGCACUUCUCCUCACCGUCAAGCCCCGCCCUCCAGCAGCUUCAACGCAUCCUACUGGCCUUCUCCUGGCAGAGCCCCGCCAUUGGCUACUGCCAGGGACUCAACAGGCUGGCGGCCAUCGCCCUGCUGGUCCUCCAGAGUGAAGAAGACGCUUUCUGGUGUCUGGUGGCCGUAGUGGAGACCAUCAUGCCCCAAGACUACUACACCAAGAACCUGGUGGCCUCUCAGGCGGAUCAGCGGGUGCUGAAGGACUUCCUGGCGGAGAAGCUUCCCCGGCUGGCGGCUCACUUCGAGGAUCACGGCAUCGACGUGUCUCUGGUGACCUUUAACUGGUUCCUGGUGGUUUUCGUGGAGAGUCUUCCCAGCGACAUCCUGCUGCCGCUGUGGGACGCCUUCCUGUACGAAGGCACCAAGGUGAUCUUCAGGUACGCUCUGGCUCUCCUCAAAUACAAAGAGGACGACAUCCUGAAGAUCCACGACAGCGUGGAGAUCUACCAAUACCUGCGCUUCUUCACCAAGACCAUCUCUGACAGCAGGAAGCUGACCAGCAUCGCCUUCACCGUCAUGAACCCGUUCCCCGGCCGCCUGCUGAGGAACCGGCGAGCGCUUCACCUGGAGCGCCUGCAGGGGGAGCUGCAGGAGCUGGAGGAGCAGCAGAGGGACUUCGUCACGGAGAGCGCCGAGCGCAAAGACAAAGAUCUGGACACCAUGGUCAGCGAGGACGACGAGGAGCUCUGAACGUAACAGGAUGUAGAAACACGCUCACCAGUGUUGUUACUCCGUCAUCGAUCAAUAACACUAAUACUGACUGAACAGUCUGAUUGUAUUACAGCGUUUAUAAGUUAUAGAUGCUACACAGCUGCUGCAACACGUCACUAGUGAGCUGAAACGAUGAACAACAUGUCUUCAUGUUACAUGUUGGAGUCUGUUGCUCUCAUGUCAGGCGUUAGCGUUAGCCUUUAGCUACUCAUCAUUUCAUUCAUCUGCCAAGUUAGAAAAACCCAGAAGGUUGUUUAAAAGCUCUUCUGAUUCUGUUUCCAGAAUCCUCAAAGACUCUUCCAGCCUCCAUAAACACCAGCAGUCAGUGUGUGUUUGGUGGUUUGAAUCCCGCCGUGUUGUGUUCAGGCUGAAAUCACCGUUAGCUUCAUGCUAACGGAAGCUUUGACUUCGUCCUAAAGUUUCUGAAGAUUAAAAGGUUUGAUUUAACUAACAGGAAACAGCAGGUACUCAUUAACUCUACAGUGUUUUUAGCUCACAGAUGUUAUUUUAUUCUAUUCUGUGUGACGUUCUGGUCGCUGAUUCAUAUGAAAACAUACCAGAAACUAUCGGUGGUUAAUAUUCUGUAUUCUUCUCUUUUCUGUGACUGUCGAUGGUUUUAUACAUAAAUGUUCUGUAAUUUUAAGUCCGUCUGUAUUGAUCUUGAUUAAAUGUUAAAAUCUU